UACAUCUACUUAAACAUGUUGAAAUUCCCCUUUUUCUUACCACUCUUGGAUUCCCCAAAUUCUCUUUGGAUUAGGGUUUUCCCACACACACAUAUAUGUACGUAUAUAUGUUCGAAGAUAAUGAUUCUUGUUUUAUGAAAGUCUUAUGUUAGAGAGACAAGAAAUGAUCAUGGCAUCCUCCUCCCAACUAGGUUUCGAUUUCAAACCCCAAACCCAUUCCAUGCUUUUGAAGUCCUUUGGUGAUCAUCAAAACCCCGACCAAACCCUAAAGCUCGAAGACUUUCUAGCGCAACUCGAGGAAGAACGCCUCAAGAUCGAUGCUUUCAAGCGCGAGCUACCUCUUUGUAUGCAACUUCUAAGUAACGCAAUGGAGGCGUUGAGACAGCAAAUUCAACCUCGACCAAGUUGGUCGAACCGCGAGGCGAAGCCGGUGCUCGAAGAAUUCAUGCCAAUGAAAGCGACGACAGCCGCCACCACCGAUCAUGAGGGGAAUAGUGCCAUCGUUUCGAAAGAGAAAGCCAAUUGGAUGAGUUGUGCACAACUAUGGAACCAACAAGUGAGUCAUCAUGAAUCAAACAAGAACACCAUCGACCACGAGGAUCGAGAAAUCGAAAUGAAGCUUGCAUUGAAUGGGAAGGAGAGAAUGAAUAAUAAUAAUAUUAAUAAUAACAAUAAUAAUAACGUUGGAGGAGCUUUUCAUCGAUUUUCUUCGUCCAAGAGUCGUGAGAUUUUUCCAGAAUUAGCAUUGGCCUCGUCGCAUAAAGAAGACGACAACAACAACAACAACAACAACAAUAAUAAUAAUAAUAAUAAUGAGAAGGAAUCGAAUUCGAAUUCGAAUCAGAAUAAUCAGAGGAAGGCUCGGAGGUGUUGGUCGCCGGAGUUGCACCGGAGGUUUGUCAAUGCUCUUCAUAUGUUGGGAGGCUCUCAAGUGGCGACUCCAAAACAAAUUAGGGAGCUGAUGAAGGUUGAUGGUCUCACCAAUGACGAAGUUAAAAGCCAUCUCCAGAAAUACAGACUUCACACUAGGAGGCCAAGUCCAGGACCACAGGCCUCCGUCACGGCGCCGCCGCAAGUGGUGUUUCUAGGCGGCAUAUGGGUGCCACCAGAGUACGCUGCAGCAGCCGCUCACGGCGGCGGACCAGCCGCCGCCGCGGCCUUGUACGGAGCACACGCUGCAUCCACAACCCAUCACGUGUCGCCUCCUUUCUGCUCGCCGCCGCCGCCGCCGCUAGGAAACCAGCGGUACCACCACCAACUGCAUUUGUACAACAACAAGGCUCCGUCGGCGCAAAGGAACCCGUCGCCGGAUUCCGACCUCCAUGGCGGCGCCGGAGACCCGUCGGAGAGCAUCGAAGACGGCAAAUCUGAGAGCGGGAGCUGGAAAGCCGACAGCGGCGGAGACAACGGCGGAGAGAGACGGAGGGUUGACGGUGAAGAAAGUGUCGUCAGUCUCAAGUUCUGAAAUCUAACGGAUUUGCAAACGCCGUUAAAAGUAAUUAAUUAAUUAAUUAAUUAUUUGGUAUCGUUAAUAAGAAUAUAUUUUUUGAAAUGUUAGCCUUUGGGAACUUUGGCAUUUAAUUUAACUAUGCCUUUUGACAUUCCAUUUUAAUGAAUAAUUAAUUUGAAUAAAUUGAAUCAUAUAACAAAUGCUAGUGGUUUAUCUAAUUAUCUCUAUU